AUGGAAGCCGAUAGUGGCAAGCCUCGCAAGUGCCUUCUGCGAACUCCCUCCCCCUCGAAUCCAUGUGCCCGUGAUCCCGCCCAUCCCGACAUCUAUAUAGUCCAGACCACCGUCCCACUACCUGUACCUGAUACUCCACUGGACAUCGAUAUCACCAAUGGCCCAUGGGAGCUCUUGCAAAAUAUCUUCCCUAAUACAAACUUUCUGGCUACCCCCCAUGCCUUCGAGGUUCCCCAACCUCAAACCCCCAUCUCCGUGGCAAAUGUGCCCACGCCGCUACCAUACACUAAUAAUGCAGUAUAUCCUCUCAUGAGCCAGGAUAAUGUGCCUGCCGAGAUCCAGCUCAGCUAUGAGGAGUGGGAUCAGGUCAUGCGCGACUUCCAGAUGGAGGUUGAGAAGUCAGAGCCUAAUUUAUCGAUGGGCCCAUCGAUGGGGAUGAACGUGACUGAAUGGUUUGCAUGA